AUGCUUAUCGUGCCGCUGACCACAGAAGCCCACUUCGUGGUGGAAGGAAUCGCCAAAGACUUUCUACCAGAUGCCAGUAACUGGACUCUAUGGGCUGAAAGCACAAUCUUGUGCGCAGGCCCGUGGUUGGCGCGUCGAGUGACCAAGUUGAUCAGGCUGUUGGAUGAGAUUCCCAAGGAACAAGAUUUUGAGUGGAACGUCUAUAAAUUCACCCGAUCAAUGAAUCUCUCUCCUAGACACGAAGGAGAUUGGUUAGUUGUCAUCCCCUUGACUGAGGGCGCAACCCUUUCCACUGGAGGUAAACUGUACAAGGGAUUUGCAGCAGUUGUCGAUGAUCGCUGGGAUUUCAGUCCGGGCGUGCCAAUGAUUUUCUUGAGGCCUAAGAUCCUGGUCCCCAGUCCCAUACCUCCACGAAGAGAAUGGAUUUCAACUCAGCUUAAUGAAAAGAAACGAACUCUCCGAGAAGAGAUUAGGGCACUAUUGCCUCAGGUUAGCACUUCGUGGGAUCGCAACACGCACGAAAUAAAGUACUCUAGCGAUGACUUGACCAAGAAGCUGUGCGAGCUGGGAGAUGGCAUAGUACAGGAAACGGUUCUAACCCCCUUCUAA